CAGAUGUUCGCUAAGGUUUCUUUUGUUUAUCUCUAAUUAAAUUAGGCUAAUCUUAUCUUAAAAACAAAUGUAGUUUGUUGAGUCAGAAGCAGAGCGACCACGAAUCAUAUCACAAUGCUGCUGCUGGAGCUCAAAAUCUUGACACUGAACAUCUGGGGCAUACCGCUUGUCUCCAGUGAUCGUGCGCUACGUAUUGACGCUAUUUGCACAGAGCUCAACAAUGGACUGUACGACAUUGUGUCGCUCCAAGAGGUUUGGUCGCAACAAGACAGCGAGCGUUUACAAUCGCAGACUUCCAAUGCAUUGCCAUAUGCACACUAUUUUCACAGCGGUGUCAUGGGUGCCGGCCUGUUGGUGCUAUCGAAGUAUCCCAUACUGGGCACGCUCUUCCAUGCGUGGUCCGUAAACGGCUAUUUUCAUCGCAUACAACACGCCGAUUGGUUUGGAGGCAAGGGUGUGGGCCUUUGCCGCAUACUUGUGGGCGAACAAAUAGUGCAUCUUUACAAUGCCCAUCUGCACGCAGAGUACGAUAAUGACAAUGAUGAGUACAAGACGCAUCGCGUUAUACAGGCAUUUGACACAGCACAGUUCAUAGAGGCAACGCGUGGCAAUUCGGUGCUGCAGAUUUUAGCUGGUGAUCUCAAUACGCAACCACAGGACAUAUCAUACAAGGUGCUGCUUUAUACUUCCAAGAUGCAUGACAGCUGCGCUAGCGAUGCGUUCCGCACGAAUGAGUGUGGCCGCAACUCUUAUACAUCAUCACGUGCGCUGCAAAAGAAUCCAUUGGGCAUACGUAUUGAUCACAUAUUUGUGAGAGGCGCUGAUGAUAUCAAGGCGCAAAUAAUGGAAUAUACAUUACCCUUUCCAGAUCGUGUGCCAGGGCAAAAGUUCAGCUACUCUGACCACGAAGCAGUGCUAGCCAAAAUAGCCCUGAGACGUACGACAAGCGAUUUACCCGUAGAGGUAGAACAUAUGCAAUGUGAAGUAAUAGAUAAAGAACAGCUUGUCAGCUCUGCCAAUGGUAUCGAAAACAGCUGCGCGACCAUGCAGCCAGCAUUGCCCGAAGCACGCACUGCAGCACUAACCGAGGCAUUGGGACUCUGUGAUGCUUCGCUGCUUCAACUAAAUACAGAUCGUAUUCUGUAUUAUAGCGCAGCGUUAGUUUUAUUUGUGCUGUUGGUGUUGCUGGUGGAGUUCCCACCUCCUGUGGGACUGCGUACCAUUUACUUGUUGCUCAAGUUUAUUGUAUUUGGCGUCAUAAUAUUCUGCGUAUUUAUGGCUUCCAUUUGGAACUACAUGGAGCGCAACGGAGUGUUGCAGGGCAAAAAGGCCAUGGAGGUGAUGCUGCAGCAUGCGCAGAAGUACGAAUAUUUCUAUUGAAGGCUAAACCGGCGUAACCCAGAGAAGCUCAAAACGCAUUUACAAGACAUAAUUUUAUAUUACUCCAUUAGUAUACAGAUUGUAAAAAUCUGUUGUAACAUUCAAUGCAAAUAAAUGGU